AUGGUGGACUCUGCAUGUGGAUGCACAUUUAUGAACAAGACCGGACGGCAAACAUAUAACUUAAUUGAGGACUUGGCGGAUAACAAUCGUCAAUUCAGCACCAAGAACUCAAGGAAGUCGGUAGGAAGCCGUGGUGGAAUCUAUGACAUUGAAACUCGGAAUCAGAUGAUCACGUUGGAUAGGAAGCUUGAUGUCUUGGUCAAGGCUUUCAAUGGUUCGAAUCUUGGCAACCAAGCUUGUGGAAUUUGCUCACUUUCGGAUCACUCUAUAGAUUCAUGUCCGAAUAGUGCCUUGAGUGAGGCGGAGUUGAACUUUAUGGGACAACAGAGGCAACGUUAUGAUCCAUAUUCGAACACUUACAAUCCUGGAAUUAGAGAUCAUCCGAAUUUUCGGUGGAGUAACAACAAUCCUCAACCGGCCAAUAUUCAAGGUCAAAGACCUCGUCCUUCAGGUUUGUUCAUGAGGCCUCAGGUACCUCAAGGUUUUAUUCCUAACUCUUCUAAUUUCGUGCCUAAUAAUGCCAAUGUUCAAGGUUCAAAUAAUAAUGCUAGUUCUUCUACUCCUAAUUAUGAUGAACUCUUGAAGUCCCUUGCUCACGGGCAACAGAACUUAACAUCUGCAACUCAAGCUUUAGUGACAGGUCAACAGGCUAAUUCUAAAGAGAUCACGGAGCUCAAGAAGCAGAUAGGACAGGUUAUCGAUUUCAUGGGUAAAAUCCAUGAAAGUGGUAAGUUGCCGGGCCAAACCUUGCCAAACCCGAAUGCCGGACAAUUCAAGAUCGUUGCAACUAGGAGUGGUCGAGUUUUUGAGGAGCCUUUGUUGAAGAAGUCGGAGCCUUCUAAGGAAGGUGAAGCCGAGAGCAUAUUGAUGCAAGAUGACGAAGAUAUUGAAGAGGUUUAUGCCGAGAAGCAGCCGGACAAAGAGGCCGUGCCUCAGUCCGAGAGAAAGAGUGACCAUGCGGCAGUUUCUGCCAAGAAGAAGGUGCAAGAGGCCGAGCCUCUUGCAGUCCCUGCUAAUCCGAAAUCCACUCAAGCCGUGCUUGAGAAAGGUAAGUCUUCUAGCUCUAAUGGUUUAGUUUCUACUAAUGUCCAUGCUCGUGCCCCUUUCCCCAACAGGUUUGCUAAAUCAAAGCACGAUGAAGCUGAUCAUGCAAUGAUUGAGUUAUUCAAGAAGGUGGAAGUAAACAUGCCAUUGCUUGAGUGCAUUCAACAAAAUCCAAAGUAUGCGAAAUUCUUGAAAGAGUUGUGCACCAACAAGAGGCUACCACGAGAGAAGGAUGUAGCGGUAAUAAAUGAAGAAGAUGGAGCAAAACCGACCAAGGAGGGUCAACGACGUCUUCAUCCACCUAUGAUGCAAGUUGUGAAGGAUGAGGUGACAAAGUUGCUCGAUUGUGGAGUCAUCUACCCAAUUUCGAAUUCAAGGUGGAUUUCACCGGUUCAAGUUGUGCCAAAGAAGAGCGGAAUCACGGUGGUGAGGAAUGAUGAAAACGAGCUUGUGCCGCAAAGGACCGUAACUGGCCACCGAGUGUGUAUCGAUUAUAGGAGGCUCAAUGGAACAACAAGGAAGGAUCACAUGCCGUUGCCAUUCAUUGAUCAAAUGCUUGAGAGGUUAGCCGGUCAUUCCUUCUAUUGUUUUCUUGACGGUUAUAGUGGUUACAAUCAAAUAAGUGUUGCGGAAGAGGAUCAAGACAAGACAACGUUUACAUGUCCCUUUGGCACUUUUGCCUACCGCCGCAUGCCUUUUGGCUUGUGCAAUGCUCCAGGUACGUUUCAAAGAUGCAUGUACCACAUAUUUUCUGAGUUCAUAGGUUCUAAGAUUGAAGUCUUUAUGGAUGAUUUUUCUGUUUAUGGUGGAGAUUUCGAUGUAUGUUUAGAAAAUGUAGAACUUAUGCUUAGGAGAUGUGAGGAAACUAAUCUUGUGCUUAAUUGGGAAAAAUGUCCCUUCAUGGUUACUCAGGGUAUAGUGCUCGGCCACAUUGUUAGUUCUAGGGGUAUUGAAGUUGAUAAAUCUAAGAUAGAUCUUGUGCGCCACUUACCCAUCCCCACAAGUGUGAGGGAUGUUCGAAGCUUUCUUGGACAUGCAGGUUUUUAUCGUCGAUUUAUCAAAGAUUUCUCCAAGAUAGCUCGGCCCUUGAGUUCUUUGUUGCCAAAAGAUGUGCCCUUCCACUUUGAUGCCGAGUGCAAGGAGGCUUUUGAGCGGUUGAAGACCAUGUUGACAUCGGCGCCGAUCAUGGCUCCACCGGAUUGGUCCUUGCCUUUCGAGUUGAUGUGUGACGCCUCAGACUAUGCCGUGGGGGCUGUGCUCGGACAGAGAAAAGAACAGCAGCCGUAUGCCAUAUAUUAUGCCUCUCGGACGCUCAAUGAUGCGCAACAGAACUACACCACCACCGAGAAAGAACUUCUUGCCGUGAUCUUUGUUUUGGAUAAGUUUCCUUCUUACUUACUCCAAUCUAAAGUUAUUGUUUACACUGACCAUGCGGCUUUGAAGUAUUUGUUGACGAAGAAGGAUGCCAAGCCGAGAUUGAUAAGGUGGAUAUUGCUUCUCCAAGAGUUCGAUUUGGAAAUCAAAGACAAGAAGGGGUCGGACAAUGUUGUUGCCGACCACCUUAGCAGGUUGGUACGUGACUCGGAUCCCGUGGCCAUCCAAGAGUGCUUCCCGGAUGAGCAACUUUUCAAGGUAAGUGAGGUAAGUGAGCCUUGGUAUGCAGACAUUGUGAAUUACCUUGUGACAAAGCAAUUUCCGAAUUUUAUGUCCUAUCAUGCUAGAAAUAGACUUAAGGCAUUAGCUAGACAUUAUGUGUGGGAUGAACCUUAUUUGUGGAAGCAUUGUGUUGAUCAAGUUAUUAGGAGGUGUGUCCCGGAGAAUGAGCAUAGUGGGCAAGUGGAGCUUAGUAACCGAGAGAUCAAGCGGAUAUUGGAGAAGAGUGUGAAGCCGUCACGCAAGGAUUGGAGCCAACGACUUGAUGAUGCACUAUGGGCAUAUCGGACUGCAUUCAAAAAUCCCUUGGGGAUGUCACCGUUUCGUAUGGUGUACGGCAAGGCUUGUCACUUGCCUGUGGAGUUGGAACAUCGGGCUUGGUGGGCGGUUCAGACUUUUAAUAUGGAUAUUGAUGAGGCCGGAUUACACAGGAAGUUGCAGUUGUGUGAACUUGAAGAAAUCAGGAAUGAGGCUUAUGAUUCUGCCGUGAUCUAUAAAGAGAAAACCAAGGCAUUCCACGACAGGAUGAUUCGAAAGAAAGACUUUGUUAUUGGCCAGAAAGUUCUCUUAUUUAAUUCUAGACUUAGGUUGUUUCCAGGCAAGCUACGUUCUAGGUGGAUAGGACCUUUUGUUAUCACAAAUGUCUUUCCUUCUGGUGCAGUCAUGAUUAGAAGCAUGGUCAAAGGAGCUGAAUUUCAGGUUAAUGGUCAUCGAUUAAAGCCUUACAUGGAGAACAUGGUGAACCACACGGUGGAGGAAGUCUCUCUCCUAGAUGCGACGACAUGA